GGGAGCCCGCCGCUGGCCGGACUUGGCCUCGCUCCCGGAGCCGGGCGGCAGUCGCGGCGGCGCAGCCUGGCUGGAGGCGCUGGGCCCGCUUGAGCGGCGGCGGCGGCGAUCGGGGCCGCGGCGGGGAACGGGCUCCGGGCGCCGGGCAUCGGGCGGGCGCCGGGGCGCGGCGCGGCGGGGAAGAUGACCGUGGGCUCCGGCGUGCUCCUCGUGCUGCUCUCGCUCUCCGGCGCGCUCCGGGCCCACAAUGGAGAUCUUACAGCCAGGGAGACCUGCAAAGCUGGAUUCUCUGAAGAAGAUUACACGGCAUUAAUCUCCCAGAAUAUUCUGGAAGGAGAGAAGGUCCUCAAAGUCAAGUUCAGCAGCUGCCUGGGGACCAAGGGGACACACUAUGAGACCGACAGCAUGGACUUCAAAGUCGGGGCUGACGGGACGGUCUUCGCCACCCGGGAGCUGCAGAUCCCCUCCGAGCAGGUGGCCUUCACCGUGACCGCGUGGGACCGCCAGACGGCCGAGCGCUGGGACGCCGCGGUACGGCUGCUGGUGGCCCAGACCUCACCCACGCGCUCUGGACACAAGGAGACGUCUGUCCAGGUUCAAGCCCUGCAGCAGAGGGUCCCGGGUCCCAGGUCCCUGCCUGUCUCGCAGUGGGACGCGUCACCUACACUCCCGCCACCAGGAGAGAAAGGAAAGAAGAGUGCAGCCCUGGACCCUGUCCAGCCGCCGAAUGACACGCUGUUGCCGUGGCCGCAGCAUCAGAGCUCCAGUGGGCUGAGGCGGCAGAAACGGGACUGGGUCAUCCCGCCCAUCAACGUGCCAGAAAACUCCCGCGGGCCCUUCCCACAGCAGCUGGUGCGGAUCCGGUCGGACAAAGACAGCGACAUCCCCAUCCGGUACAGCAUCACGGGCGUGGGCGCCGACCAGCCCCCGGUGGAGGUCUUCAGCAUCGACUCCAUGUCUGGCCGGAUGUACGUCACACGGCCCAUGGACCGGGAGGAGCGAGCCUCCUACCACCUCCGAGCCCACGCCGUGGACAUGAAUGGCAACAAGGUGGAGAACCCCAUCGACCUGUACAUCUACGUAAUUGACAUGAACGACAACCGCCCUGAGUUCCUCAGCCAGCUGUACAACGGCUCCGUGGACGAAGGCUCCAAGCCAGGCACCUACGUGAUGACAGUCACAGCCAGCGACGCUGACGACGGCACCACGGCCAACGGGAUGGUGCGCUACCGGAUCGUGACCCAGACCCCACAGAGCCCCUCCCAGAACAUGUUCACCAUCAACAGCGAGACAGGGGACAUCGUGACGGUGGCAGCCGGCCUGGACCGAGAGAAAGUUCAGCAGUACACAGUCAUUGUUCAAGCCACAGACAUGGAAGGAAACCUGAACUAUGGCCUCUCCAACACGGCCACAGCCAUCAUCACGGUGACGGACGUGAACGACAACCCGCCAGAGUUCACUGCCAGCACGUACGCAGGUGAAGUCCCCGAAAACCGGGUGGAGACGGUGGUCGCAAACCUCACUGUGAUGGACCGAGACCAGCCCCACUCCCCGAACUGGAACGCCGUCUACCGCAUCAUCAGCGGGGACCCCUCGGGCCACUUCAUUGUCCGCACGGACCCCGUCACCAACGAGGGCAUGGUCACCGUGGUGAAGGCGGUCGACUAUGAGCUGAACAGAGCGUUCAUGCUGACCGUGAUGGUGUCCAACCAGGCGCCCCUGGCCAGCGGCAUCCAGAUGUCCUUCCAGUCGACGGCGGGGGUGACCAUCUCCGUCAUGGACAUCAAUGAGGCCCCCUACUUCCCCUCGAACCAUAAGCUGAUCCGCCUGGAGGAGGGCGUGCCCACCGGCACCGUGCUAACCACGUUUUCGGCAGUGGACCCCGACCGGUUCAUGCAGCAGGCCGUGAGAUACUCAAAGCUGUCGGACCCAGCGAACUGGCUGCACAUUAAUGCCACCAACGGCCAGAUCAGCACGGCGGCCAUCCUCGACCGCGAGUCUCUCUACGUCAAAAACAACGUCUAUGAGGCCACCUUCCUGGCAGCUGACAACGGGAUCCCUCCGGCCAGCGGCACCGGGACCCUCCAAAUCUAUCUCAUUGACAUCAAUGACAACGCCCCUGAGCUGCUGCCCAAGGAGGCACAGAUCUGCGAGAAGCCCAGCCUGGACACCAUCAACAUCACAGCAGCCGACGCGGACGUCGACCCCAACAUCGGCCCCUACGUCUUCGAGCUGCCCUUCGUUCCAGCGAGCGUGCGGAAGAACUGGACCAUCACCCGCCUCAACGGUGACUACGCCCAGCUCAGCCUGCGCAUCCUGUACCUGGAGGCCGGGGUGUACGACGUCCCCAUCAUCGUCACGGACUCGGGGAACCCGCCCCUGUCCAACACGUCCAUCAUCAAAGUCAAGGUGUGCCCGUGCGACGAGAACGGCGACUGCAGCACCAUGGGCGCGGUGGCAGCAGCCGGGCUGGGCACGGGCGCCAUCGUGGCCAUCCUCAUCUGCAUCGUCAUCCUGCUCACCAUGGUCCUGCUGUUCGUCGUGUGGAUGAGGCGGCGGGAGAAGGAGCGCCACACGAAGCAGCUGCUCAUCGACCCCGAGGACGACGUCCGUGACAACAUCCUCAAGUACGACGAGGAGGGGGGCGGCGAGGAGGACCAGGACUACGACCUCAGCCAGCUGCAGCAGCCGGAGGCCGUGGAGCACGUGCUGAGCAAGGCCCCCGGGGUGCGGCGGGUGGACGAGCGGCCGGUGGGCGCCGAGCCCCGGUACCCGGCCAGGCCCGCGGUGCCCCACCCAGGAGACAUCGGGGACUUCAUCAGCGAGGGACUCCGGGCGGCCGACAACGACCCCACGGCGCCGCCCUACGACUCGCUGCUGGUCUUCGACUACGAGGGCAGCGGCUCCAGCGCGGGCUCCGUCAGCUCCCUGAGCUCGUCCAGCUCCGGGAACCAGGACUACGAUUACCUGAACGACUGGGGGCCCAGGUUCAAGAAGCUGGCCGACCUGUACGCAGGCGGCGAGGAGGAGUAAGCAGCCCCCCUGCCCCGGCGGAACGAGAACAGCGCUCGGACGGACGGACGGACGGACGGACGGGAGGAGACAGCGGGCCUUCCCGACGCCCGCGGCCGCGCCACUCGGCCGUGUGUGCGGCGUCCCCGCCCGCCCCCCGCACCGAGCUGUCUGGCACGAACACUUGUCCGCCCGCGGCCGCCCCCAGCACGGCAGCUGACUCAGCACUAAGGAGAGCAGAGGCACGGUCUGAACCUGAAUUUCUUAGGACAGAAGCGCUGUUUAAAAAGAAAAUGCAAGUGCCUUUCGGUACAUGUAUCAGAUUCCCUCACACUCAGGAGCAACUAGGAGCAAGCGGACAGACCAAGUCCCCCCAGCCCGUCCUGAGCGCCCCCAACCCCGGCCAGUCCCAGCUCUGAAGGCACGCAUUAAGGAAUUGGGGAGAAUGUGUCCUUUUUUCCGAUCUUCUAUCAAGAAAAAAAGUGGGUGACACGCUUGACAAAACUGACAAAAACAAAUUGGGGUCCAAACGCCAUAAGCCUUCUGAGUCCUCACGCUUUGCUGUGCACAGUUGGGGUCUCCCGGGCCCCUUGGGGGUCCCCGAGGCCGGAGGCCCCACCUGCAGCUGCUGCAGCAGCGAGUGCCCCUGGGGCAGGCCAAGCCAGUGGACCAGAGGCCCGCUGUACAACUGGGCUUCCACGGAAGUGUCCACCGCCCCCGACUCCCAGAUGCUGGAAAUAGCUGGGCAGGUGGGGUUCCCAGGGGCUGUCCCUGAUGCUCCGCCAUCUCUGCCCUUGGCCAUCCCCAGGGCCCCCCAGUCAAUCAUGAGGCCUCCCCCAGGGCCAACCGUGACCCUGAAUGCCACCCAGGUCCCCACUGCCUUUGGUCCAAGAGAGUACGGUGUCCCAGGAAACCACAACCAAAACCAGCCGGCAUGCCACCAAACCCUGGCAUGAGCCCUCCACCCUCUAGAUCAGACUCCCGAGGGCCCCGCCAGAGGCCCAGCGAACCCUCACCAGUGCAAACCCCCGAAGGCUCUGGACGCCUCUGGCCACCGGCGGGGCUGUGCGGGCUGCAGGGAGACCUGAGUCUCACCGGGGUUCCAGGAGGCUGGAGACGACCAGGGGGAGACUGGCAGACUCCUCCCCUGCCCUGCUCCUCUGGACCAGUUUCUGAUGCUCGUGAGCUGAUGUGGACGGCAAAGGUCAGCCCCGAACGCCGGGACAGCCCUGCCUUCGCUGUGCCAUCUGUC